AUGGAAGAAGUGUAUGAUGAUAUAGGAAUUGAAGAAGAAAUAGAACUUGAGUUGAGGAAAACUAACUAUUCUUCAUCUGAAGCAGAUGAUUGUGAUACUGAUUUAUCAGCUGAAAGUUCAAGUGAUAGUGAAACAAUUCCAGAAGAAUUACCAGAAUCUGUUCUCCAGUAUUUAGAUUUUGUGAGAAGCAGAAGUCAAAAUGCAGAAAAGCUUCUGUUGCAAGAUUUGGAAAAUGUUGAAUUCUCAAGUGAUAUCUAUUAUAUUGUUCCUAACAACGCUUCGGAAUAUUUAGCUGAAUUAGCUUCCCAAUAUAAUGAAGAUCCAGAAGAAUUGAAAAAAAGGGUAUUAUCUGAAAUAGAGGACGAGGAGCAAAUGAGCGAGUUAUCAGACAGUACUAUUGAGUUAAAAACCAAUCAGGAUAUUUCUUCUAACAAUAUAGCUGAUGGGUAUUCCUUGACAGAUGCCAAUGACAUACCCAUCAAUUUUAGUUUCCAAGAAGUUGAAGAAAGAUGCAAGCAGGAGUAUCAGUAUUGGUUGGAAAAGCAAACAGUACUAGAGAAGGAAAAAAUGAAUCAAUUGAAAGCUAAGAAGGACAUGGAAAUGUCUCAAAAUGAAGAAGAGAAGAAAAGACGAUGCCUACGUCAAGAAGAACUUGAAAAUGAACGGAUGAACUUAGAAAAGUUUAAUGCGCAACAACAGACUACGAUGGAAGAGGAACUGCUGAAGAAAGAACAGACUUGGAAAAAACAACUGAAAGAACAUGAGGAAUUCAUUAUGAAAUUACACACACAAAUAGAAGAAGAAAAAAAGGCCUUUGAAGAACAGAAAGCAAAAGAAAGACAACAAUUGGUGGAACAGCAGAAUAAUGCAGCUAUAAAAAUUCAGACAACAUUUAGAGCUUUCAUGGUGUACAAAAGGUUCGGUCCUGUCUUGAAAAAAAAGAGAGAAGAACGAGAAAAGAAAAGAGAAAAUAAAGAAAUAAUGGAAAAGGAAAUGAAAGAAAAAGAGGAAAGAUGGAAAAGGAAGACUUUAGAAAAACUGGAAGAAAAAAAGAGGAGAGAGGAGAAAGAGAAGAAAGAAAAUGAAGAGAAGAUGAGAAGGCACGAAGAAUAUGAAAAAAAGAAAGAAAUUGUGCGAAUUCAACGAGAAUUAACGAUUGGAGAAUUGAAAAAUGAAGAAAAAAACAAACUAGAAUUUGUGACAGCAAAGAGUACUGAAUCACAAGAUAUAACUGAAGAUACUGAACAAACUAAGAAAGAGCAAGAAAUAGAAAAGAAGCUAGAAAAUACAACUGAAAAAAUCCAAAAAGGAGAUGAACUUGAAAAUGCAACUAACAAAAUAGAAUCAGAAGAGGAAGAAAAAGAAACUAAAAAGUUAAAAGAACAAGAAGAUAAUAAUGACCCAAAAAUGCUAAUUAUGGAAAAGAAACAUUUAAAACAAACACCAGACCAAAAGUACAAGGAACAAACCGAACAAGAAACACAUGAACGAAAGAAUGACAAAUUAUGGAAUGAUAUUGGAGGAAGUAAAGAUGGAGAGUUAAAAUCAGGAAGAGAAGUACAUAUUGAGAUAAAUAAUGAAGAAUCACUGGAGAAUAAUGUAAAAAAAUCUUUACAAACUGCAGAAUUUCAGCAAGAUAGCAACACAAAUGCUCUUAGUUUUGAAACCAGUGCAAUAGUUAAUCAGGAAAGUAUCAUACAUUACCUUCAUGUACAGUUAGAUUUUGGGGGCUCUGGAAAAACAGCCAGCUCUUCUGCUUCAGAAAAUAGUAAAAUAGAUUUUGCUCCAAGAGAAAUUAAUGAAGAGGUUAAUGAGGAGUGGGCCAAAGAUGAGAACUCGAACAAUUUAUUUGAACAACCACUUUUAUCUGAUUCUGUUGAAACUAAAAGACUGGCUUGGAUGAAAACAUAUAAAUCUUGGUCCAGAAUUUAUCAGGAACACCAGACGAAGAAAAUGGUUGAAAGAAGCAAACCACGGAAAUGCUCAUCUGACCAGAUGCCUCCAUUGAGUGCUACUAUGAUAAUUCAGGCAGGUCCUUGGAGUUCUCUACAACAGGUGACCACAGCUAACUUUCAAGAUUUGCCUGGUUGCAGCCUGUCCACAUUAUCACAAUGUGAAAGGCUUCAGUCCUUGAGCCUUAGACGCUGUGGAUUACUUGCCUUGCAAGGACUCAGCAUCUGCAAGGAUUUGAAAUAUAUAGAUGUAGAGGAGAACAACAUUCAGAUGAUUAAUUGUGAGAAUCUAGAAAAUCUCUGCAUUCUAAUUCUGAACAAAAAUAAUAUUUCAUCACUUCAUGGUUUAUAUGGCUGCAGUAAUCUCUUGAAUCUUGAACUUUCCUAUAAUAAAAUAACCCGAAUUGGAGGCUUGGAGUCAUUGAAAAAACUCCAGCGACUGGCUGUGGAUCACAAUCAAUUGAUCAGUACAAAAGGGCUCUCUGCUACUCCAACUCUGCUAUACUUGGAUUGUUCCUUUAAUCAUCUCACUGACAUUGAAGGCAUUGAAAACUGUGGUCUUCUUCAGAUUCUGAAGUUACAAGGAAAUAAUCUGAAUGAGUUCCCCAAGUUGGAAAAUCAUGUUUUGCUAAGAGAAUUAUACUUGGAAGACAAUAACAUAUCCAGAUUGGGAAAACUUACUGACUACUGGCUGCCUUUGCUACAGAUACUUUUCAUCUCACAAAACAGUUUGACACAACUUGUAUCUCUUUUUUCGUAUGUUUCAUUGGAAAAACUAAAUAUAAGCAACAACUGCUUACUAGACCUGAAGACUCUCAUUCAAUGUCUUGAAGGCUGUGAUAGCCUAAGGGAACUAUCUCUACUUGGCAAUCCUCUUCUUCAAGAAGACAACUGGAGAUGCUGCUUACUCAAAAAUUUGCCCACUUUGAAAAUACUUAAUGAUGAAAAUGUACGUUGUGAUGUAGAAAAGGUUUAUGAAAAAAUCUCGAAGUCAGAAACAUUUGCAGCAUUUUGUCAAGCUCAGAUUCAAGAAAUUGUAUCACUCCACAAAAAAGCUGCAACUAGAUUAGAUAAAUUUUCCGAAGAGUCUGUACAGCUCCAGUGUUGGUAUUUUAAAAAACUGAUGAAGCUUAGUAUUGAACAUCGUUAUGCACAUGAAUAUGGAGUUCUAAACAUUACAAAGACAGAAGAACCAAAAAAACAGGCAGAUCAUUUAACUCAAGACUUCAUAGAGAAAAAUAACUUCUUUACCUCAGGUGUAAAAGAAAAUAAGCAGGACUCGUUUAAUAUGCCUGAAAGAUGGAUUACUUCUGGCCAUACUCAUGCUGAGUCAAUUAACUCCUUCAUGACAGUUCCAGAAACAGAUGAAAAUCAAGUAUAUAGACAAAAGUAUACUCAAUAUUCUACAAAUGACAGUGAGGAAAGCAAUGCAUUAAUCAGUCCUAAGAGAAACAAAUUCAACAGGCAAAUUACAACUAUUGAAAGAGGAAAUUACCUUCAACAUUUUGACAAUUCACAAAACUCAGCAGCCAUAAUUAUCCAAUCGUGUUGGCGAGGUUAUAGAAUUCAUAAAGAGAUCAAUUUUUAUACAAGGCUACAUCUGGCAGCAACUGUAAUCCAGUCUGCUUGGCGGAGUUACUGCCUCAGAAGAAAGAUUGUCAGCUGUGAAAAAAAGAAUAAUCAUUUUUUGGAUAAGCAUAAAGCUGCUACUAUACUUCAGGCACUUUGGAAAGGGUUCCGUUUGAGAAAGAAACUAGCCAGUGCUUUGGCAGCUGUUAAAACUGAUGAAGUUGAGGAUGACUAUAAAGAAAUUAAUGUGGAUGAAUUUGUCUUUAAUGAAGUAAGUAGGUCAGGAAGAAGCAGUGCCUCACAACUUUCUGAGGCAAAGUCCUCCCAAAAGUUAUCAUUACAAUCUGAAAAGGAGGAAAAAAUUUCAGAAGAAUGGGGUUUUAAAGACAUUUCUACGGCACAGCUGAUGCUAAAAAGAGCACAUAAAAUGAAAGCAAAGAAAUAUAAUGCUAAAAAAGUUGACCCAGCUGUGCGACUGGCGUUGUUCAAAAACAAUGAAAAUAAACAUCCCCCCGUGAAACCACCAAAGAAGCCACAGACUACAAAAAUUGGUUACUUUGAAGGUAAAGGAGAAGAAUGUUCUCACAUAGAUUUUGCAACAGAGAGGAUACAAAGAAGUAAAGAACGUACAUGCCAAUGGCUUUAUACACAAGUUUGGGAUUUUGAAGGAACCAGUCCCAGAAUUGAAAAAUGUAAGCAUUUCUUACCUGAGAUAGAUCCAGAAGUUCUCAAGGGAGGAAGAGUUCAGUUUGUGACAAGCCCUGUAAGGAGAGAAGAUACGGAUUUAGAGCUUGUUUCCCUGACCAGUGGAAGUACUUUGACUCAGAACAGAGAAAAAAAUAAUCAGCCACACAGACACUCUGCAGAAUCUUCAAAAAAGGAUACACCUUCACCUGAGAAAUCACAACUGAGCCCUGCCCACAAAGUACGGAUAUCAUUUCGAGACAAUCCAGUUCAACUCAGCGCUGGAUGGGGAAGUGGCAAAAAGAAAACAAAAUUAUUGAAAUAG